GUUGGUCUUUCACAGUUGGUGACGAGUAUUAUGAAAAUGGCCUCGACCCUGCCCGUGAGUACGAAUAACCGGAGAAGAUGACGGUGUUUAGCGUUUUAAGUCCACUGAACACCAAAGUGUCUUUACUGAACACGUAGGUAACAGAACAGUCAACAAAAAUAAAGUGACUUCAGGCAAAGAAACGACUCUGACUAGCACAGACCACCGUAUAUUUUCGUUAGGCUGAGGAGCCACUAUGGAGGAUAUCAACUCUAAUAUCAACGCGGACUUGGAGGUGCGGAAGCUCCAGGACUUAGUGAAGAAACUCGAACAGCAAAACGAACAGCUUCGGAGUAGGUCUACGAUGUUGUCCUCGUCCGGAGCGAUGUCAGGGAACCACAGACCCCUCAGCGCCGGGUACGACUCGUCGUCCCUGUCAGCGGGGAUGGCAGCCGGUCUGGCCGGCUUCCCUGGGGUGGGGUUCGGCGGAUCAGGCGGCUACGGCGGACUGUUGUUGGAGAAUAACCGCUGUUUGAGCCCCAGACUGUCGUACGACGGCAUCAGCUUCAGGAGGGCGUAUGAAUCUGAGGGGGCAUCGGCGGCCACAUCGGUGUCGAGUAUGAACUCACUUUAUUCAGACACCACCGGGGGUUUCACAGAUGAAGGGGAAACCUCAAUCUUAGAUGAAGUAGAAAUCUUAGACCUGGAGGACAUGGAUUGUCUAAACGAAGACGAGGACAGCUGGUUGUAUGAAGCGAAACUCAACAGUCCUCUGCAAAAGGCUUUGAGUCCUAUCGUGUGGUGUCGCCAAGCUCUUGACAACCCCAGUCCUGACAUGGAAUCGGCCAAGCGCUCCCUCAUUCACAGACUGGACCUCACCAUGUCAGCUAACAAACGUAGGAGCCUGUAUGGAAGCCCCUACAAUCAGCAGAUGAGUUAUGGAAGUCCUUAUAGCACAAACACAGCCAACAGUCCUUACAGCAGCGGCUUCAACUCCCCCUCUUCAACUCCCAGCAGAGUCCCCAUCGUCAGGCAGCAGCUAAUGCCUGGAAAUGCAGCAGUACACCAGCGAAACUCUACAGCAGAGAGGAAUCCUCCUGCAGUGAGUCCACAGUCUUCAGUAGACAGUGAACUGAGCACUUCAGAAAUGGACGAGGACUCCGUAGGCUCAUCGACGACCUACAAGCUCAAUGAUGUCACAGACGUCCAGAUACUGGCGCGGAUGCAGGAGGAGAGUUUGAGACAGGACUACGCUGCAACGGCAUCGAGGCGGAGCUCGGGUUCGUCUUGCCAUUCUUUACGACGCAGCACCUUUAGCGACCAGGAGUUAGAUGCACAUAGUCUGGAGGACGAAGAAGAGGCGGUGCAUCCGGCCUUCCACCUCACCUCUAACCGCUUCAGCCCCUCCCCUCGCCACUCUCCUCGCGCCUCCCCCAGGAACUCACCCCGCUCACGCUCUCCCGCCCGCUCUAUUGACUACAGCCACAGCCGCGGCUCGCCUCAGCCCAUCAUCAGCCGCCUACAGCAGCCUCGGCACUCACUGCAGGGUCACGGGCACGACCUGCAGACCAACGUGGUGAAAAACGAAGAAAAACUGCGUCGUAGUCUUCCUAACCUCACACGCUCCUCAGUGCCAGCGGCUCAGGGUCCAGAGCCGGUUAAAAACAGCCGCAGCUGUGAGUCCAACCUGCAAGUGCCAAACGGAGGCUCUCCCAGACACCAGAACCAGUCUGCCAUCCCACUCUCCUGUUGCUUUGGAGAAGAAGGUGAUUUCAAUCUCUUCCUGCACCUCGGAACUACAGCGGCACCGGAGAAAACUGGAAGGAGGGUUGUUACUGAUCUGGGCCAGCAGGGGGCGCCCCAGUCAAACGAUCAACACAAGGAGGCAGACAUUACAACAACAUGGCACUUUAUCUUCAUCAAGAACUUUACAGUGAAAAGAGAAACAAUGUCCCAAAAAUAUUUACGCAAAAGAAUUUAUCAAAGGAGCGGACAGUGUCUCCAUAUGUCAGCGAGGACCUCCCAUGUGUGUUCCUCUGUUCGUCUGGUUCUGGAGGGGUCAGGCAUGUGCGGACAGCCCAGAAAAUGCCAAAGAAACCAGGCUGACUCCAGCUCCGCCGGCAGAGGACACAUUGCCUGCCUUGGUUUGACUGUGAUCGUCUGUCAGUCUGUAUCACUACAUUGUCCACUCUCCCCUGUUCUUUCACCUCCCUCAGGUCGAAAUGUUCCCAUGCAUUUCUCUCUUUAUGCUCUGUGUUUAACAGAUGUUGGUGAGCAAUCUCUAUGAUGAUGCUGUGCAGGUGAAAUGUCCCGUAAUGUUUGAGAAUCAUUGAUGUCUUGCAACAGUAAAAGCACCUCUAUGUGGGUAUGACAUGAGUCUUUUCUCUUGUAAAAUCAGCCAGAAUGUAUGCACAAGUUUUCUUUUGGAAAUUAUUUAUUCAAAUUAUUUAAGAAAUUUUAUGUCCAAACACCCAUAUCAGUAUUUGUUUUGAUAUUUCAGUUGUUGAAAUUGUACAUUUUGAACCUCAGCUAAUUUUCCAAAGCCUUAUUUGUGUUGUUUUCAGUGUCAAAUUAGGAUGUGUAUGAAACCUGGGUGAUUUAUGACGCCUCAGCCAAAGCCCCAGUGCAACUUCACCACAGUUUGCCAUUAAACUAAUGUCCAUAUAAGUGCUUCAGUUUCAGUUCAGAGUGACAUUAGGUCUGAAAUGUAUCUGAUUUUACAACAAUGAAUUAUUAGCUCAAUAAUAGAUUUGGUCCCUGUUCAAUUGAUUCAGCCAGUGAAUAGAAAAAAUAAUGCAGGUGAAUUGCCACAUCAGAUUUCUGUCAGUGUAUAUCAUUCAUGCCAUGAUGAAUCAAACAUGCUUUGGCUGGCUUUUACCUCUUGUGCCAUGACGUCAGCAGGUGUGCCAGUGUUAGGGAAGGUGUUCUGGUUAUUGGUGCAGUGGGUGUUAUUAAAACUAGUGCCUAUAAUUUAAAGUUUCACUUAAGUUUAAACAUCAUGUUUUGUUUGUCUUUUAAUUUGUGCCAUUUCUUUCAUUUUUGCAUAUCUGCUUGAUUGAUUUGCUUGCCUGUUGAUAAUUGUAUCACAACAUUUAGAAUUGCUUUAAAAAAUGUAAUAUGCGCCUUCAUAUUUAUAACUACUUACUCAUUCUGUAAAUGAAACUAUUUAUUAAAGAGAGAGGUGCCUCUGUCAAAGCUCAGAUUAGUGGGAAGCUGGAAAGAAUGUUGCAAAAAGACCUACCACACCUUUUGUGUGAAAGUUUUUGUUAUUGAACUUUUUUUUAUAUCCACAAACAUGACAUUCAGUUUCCCUGUGUAAAGUCACAUUUCAAAUAAAAGCAAAAAAGUUGAGUCUUGG